AAACGUCUGGCUCGACUGACAGACGAACGAAGAGGACACACGCUUACAGAUUGUUGCGAAAAUGAAGAGAAAUCAUGAUUUUAGCUCCUCAGACAGCGAGCUGGAUGAGAAUAUUGAAGUGGAGAAGGAGAGCGCAGAUGAAAACACCGGUGUGAAUUCUCCCCUUGGAUCAAUGUCUCCAUCCACAACCUCUCAAGUGCAAGCGAGGAAACGUCGCAGAGGGAUCAUUGAGAAACGCCGUAGAGACAGAAUAAAUAACAGUCUGUCUGAGCUGCGUAGACUAGUGCCAAGCGCCUUUGAGAAACAGGGCUCUGCUAAACUAGAAAAAGCAGAGAUUUUGCAGAUGACCGUGGAUCAUUUAAAGAUGCUCCAUGCUGCUGGUGGAAAAGGUUACUUUGAUGCUCAUGCACUGGCCAUGGAUUACCGUGGGCUGGGUUUCCGUGAGUGUCUAGCGGAGACAGCGCGUUACCUUAGUAUCAUCGAGGGACUGGACAACACUGACCCCCUCCGUAUCCGGUUGGUAUCCCACCUGAACAGUUAUGCCUCCCAGAGAGAGGCUCACUCCGGUUUGGGUCACUUGGCGUGGGGCUCUGCAUUUGGAACACCUCCUGGCCAUCUGGCUCAUCAUCUUCUCCUGCAACAGCAGCAGCACCAGCAGGGGGUGCCACCCCCACGCAGCACCAGCAGUCCUCCAUCCUCAAAUUCUUCAUCACCCUCCUCCUCAUCUCCAUCUGCAUCCUCCACAAAGCCGCAUGCCCCCAGCAGGCUGAAUGGUACAGUGAUCACCGAGGCAGGGCAGACCAGGCCACUCAGGGUGCCGCCCAGUGCCUCCCUGCCCCCUGGGCUCACACCACUUUCUGCAUCCAAGCUUUCUCCUCCCCUCCUGACGUCACUUUCGAGCCUGUCAGCAUUUCCCUUCCCACUCAGCGCAUUUCCUCUACUGUCCCCGAGUUCACUGGCCCCUGCAACUCCCUCCAGCAGCCUGGGGAAGCCCUACAGGCCUUGGAGCAUGGAAAUAGGGGCCUUCUGAACUCUACAAAAACAUUACACUCUGAACUCUGAAGUCAGUUAGAAAUUACUUGUCAUUUUCUGUAAUAUCUGACUAUGUGGAAGAGAUGGUGAUGCAAGACUUUCUCUCUAUAAAAAGGGAAAAGGCAAACACAGAACUGAUGAAGUUGUCUUUUAAAACUGAGAUGGGUUUUGCAGAUGUCCAGGAUCUCGUCCAUCAGUUCCAAACAAUUUUAGUUCGUUGUCCCUCAGUAGAGCAAAGUACAAUGCAGGUACCUGCCUUACCUUGCUAUCGAAGUGAAGACAGAGAGAGAAAGAGAGAGAGAGAGAGAGAGAGAGAGAGAGAGAGAGAGAGAGAGAGAGAGAGAGAGAGAGAGAGGGAGGGAGGGUAAUUUGGAACAAAAGCAAUGCCUUACUUAAUGGGGUAAAACUCAAACCAGAAGCUAGUUUCAUUAUAUUAUGGAUAAUAAUAGUUUUAAAGCCGUUUGCUCACAUAAAAUAUCGAUUUGCAUCUUACAUUUUUACAUCAAGCAGAGAGUUUGAUGGCAAGAUAUUGUAAAAUACGUAAAGACAAAGAAUGAUCUUAUAAAGGCAUCUUAUUUGAGAAAAAAUCUCCAGCAUCUGCAUAAUAUUGAGCGACUAUGCAAUCAAAAUGAUGUUUUGCAACUUUCCCUCUGCAAUUCUAUGAAACCUAUGCAACAGAACCUGUCUCAACUGAACUUGAUUAACAAAAAUAAUACUUUAUUUUUAUAAAGAUUUUAAAGAAUUUUGGUCAGUGACCUGCAAUGUUUGUGCUGUGUUUAUUUGUAUGAAAUGUCAUGAGUUUACUGUUGGCAGAGGUGGACCACUGCUACAUCUGAUACUAUUUCAAAAGAGACAAUCUCUCAGAACUGCACUAAUUUAACUCUAAUGAAAGGCACUAUUAGGUUAGUUAAUAACAGAAUUGUGCAUUCAUGCACACACUAUCCCUCAUCCUUGCCCCAAAUCGUCUCUCUCUCUCUGUGUGUGUCAGCUGUACUUGAGGAGCAGAAACCAGAUCAUUUUUGUAUUUUAAUAGGGAAAUUUGCACUGGAAAAAUCAGAUAUCUCCAGUAAGACUAGGGGAAUAGAUGGUAAAGGAAGAGAUGGUGUGGUACUGUGCCUGUGUCUCACUAACCUGUGUGACUUUCUUGUAAUAAAAUGAAUAUAUGUAGCUGAUAA